AUGCUUCGACAUAGCCCGUUCCUAGCCAAAACGAAGCCUCUUAUUUUGCUUCGGGUUGGUGGCCAACAACUGACAGACCUUCCAGCUCUUCGCGGCCGGGACCUACCCGUCGACCCAGACCCAGUUCAACCGAGCAGCCUUGGUGGCCAACAACUGACGGACCUUCCAGCUCUUCUCGGCCUGGUCCUACCCGGCGACCCAGACCUAGUUCAACCGAGCAGCCUUGGUGGCCAACAACUGACGGACCUUCCAGCUCUUCGCGGCCUGGUCCUACCGGCCGACCCAAACCUAGUUCAACCGAGCAGCCUUGGUGGCCAACAACUGACGGACCUUCCAGCUCUUCUCGGCCUGGUCCUACCGACCGACCCAGACCUAGUUCAACCGAGCAGCCUUGGUGGCCAACAACUGACAGACCUUCCAGCUCUUCGCGGCCUGAUCCUACCCGGCGACCCAGACCUAGUUCAACCGAGCAGCCUUGGUGGCCAACAACUGACAGACCUUCCAGCUCUUCUCGGCCUGGUCCUACCCGGCGACCCAGACCUAGUUCAACCGAGCAGCCUUGGUGGCCAACAACUGACGGACCUUCCAGCUCUUCUCGGCCUGGUCCUACCCGCCGACCCAGACCUAGUUCAACCGAGCAGCCUUGGUGGCCAACAACUGACGGACCUUCAAGCUCUUCUCGGCCUGGUCCUACCGGCCGACCCAGACCUAGUUCAACCGAGCAGCCUUGGUGGCCAACAACUGACGGACCUUCAAGCUCUUCUCGGCCGGGACCUACCCGCCGACCCAGACCCAGUUCUACGGAGGAGCCUUGGUGGCCAACUGACGUAGCUUCCAGCUCUGCUCAACCGAGGCCUAGCACUACGGAGUGACACUGAAGAGUGAUGAAAUGUUGAAAGUAAAGUUUCAUUAAAAGAUAGAUAGAUAUUAA